GUUCCACCAAAGUAAACCUUGUGAAGAUCCCAUCAACAGCUUCCAGUCCUCGAGACACGGCUCUAGCAGCUGUUAUCUGCAGUGCACUUGCCACAGUGCUCUUAGCUCUUCUUAUUCUUUGUGUUAUUUACUGCAAGAGGCAGUUUAUGGAGAAGAAACCAAGCUGGUCUCUGAGAUCACACGAUGUUCACUACAAUGGUUCCGAGUUGUCAUGUUUCGACGGAGCGCGGCUGAACGAGUACGAGCGGCCCGCGUGCUGCGGGUGCCAGCGAGGCGCCUCCCCGACGUGCGGACCAGUUCACUUGAUUCCGUCAUUGUGCUGUGAUGAGACCUGCAGCAUGGAACCCAGCAGUCACAAUUGUGCUUUCCACUCUCAGACUACGCUUAAUGAAAGGGCUUCUGAUUCUGUUGGAGAAAUGAUUCCUGCCUUCCUUGGUUCUCUUUCACACUCUACCUGUGGAGACAUUUCAGAUGCUUGGCCGCUUAUGCAAAAUUCAGCUUGCUGUGACAGCAUCUCUUUCUGUGAAUCAUAUUCAGAACUGGCUGGAGGAGCCCCAUGUUCCUGCAGUCCUGAGACUGAAAAUGCAGGCACUGUUGAUUCGGAUAAUGACCAGGAACUAAGUGAUGUACUUAUUGCAGCUAAGUCUCACGAUGGAAACAUUGUAAAGUCCUUUGAAAUCUCCAAACAUAGAACAUAUAUAGAGUUUUCAUCUCUUCAGAAUUCAGUGGCUGCUGAAAAGUCUCCAAAGACAAAGCACAAUGGAGCAACAAACAACUCCACAGACUAAUGAAGAGGAAGAAAAGCCAUUUCUCUCACCACGAAAACUGAAUGCUUCCCUAAUGCUCCUCUGCCAGCUCUCAUCCAACGUGCUCCGGGCCUCA